UCCCUUUUCCUACUUCCUUCGAGUGCAUCGCUGCCAUCGAUGAAAAUAGCAUUUCGCCCUUUACUUCUCUUUCCACCGAUUCGAACUCCAAAUCUGGGAAUCACCCAUCUAAUUGUUAGCCUUCCCCUCUGAGAAAUUUUACUUCCGUUCCUUGUUCUGCUGUUGAUAAUAUCCUACUCUGUCUCAUCUGUUAAUGCCGUAGUGUUCUACGGAGCGAGUUUCUGUUUCUUCUCUUGUUUCCUCCAUUGAGUAUGUUUGUUGAAAUCUGGAAACGAUGACCCAGACCCAGUUGCUUUCCUCAUCUUUCGGCUGUUCUGGGCCAGGUACGGUUAUUUCUUUCUCCGGGAAAGUGUUGUGCCUCAUAUAUUUUUCGCCUUCCUCUGCCUAUUUGGAAAGUUUUUAUUGGGAGUUGCGAUAUGGGUGAUCUGUUGUGGCAAUCCCUUCCCUGGGUUACCUUAUUGAUGUUAUGUUAUGGUUCACAGUCGAGUGGGGUUCCUGAUGUUCGAUUGAUGCCCGAGUUUGGCCAAAUCUUUCGCUCUUCCCUUUACCCAACAUAUUAUUUACUGAUUUGACCGCCGGAAAUCACCUUUUUUAGGGUUUGGGAUGCUUUAAAAGCUACGAAAUGGGAUUGUUGUGUGAGCAGUGAUGACACUAAAUUGUUCUUGGAUCAAUUCUCUUUCGUUGUUUCAUUUCUACCUCCAAUUCUCGAUCCGAAAUGCGAGCCCCCUUGUGCCGUGGUGGCAAUUUGGUGCGAAUUAUGUUGUUGAUUUCAAAUUGCCUCAUGGUUUCAGAUGAAGGUUUCUUAUGUGCUUUCUAUUCCGGUUGACGGAUUAAUUUUAUCUGCGUAAUCCUCUCUCAUGUUUGAUUAAUCGUUCAUUAGAUCCUUGUUGCGAUGUGUUAGUGCGAUUGCUUUGGUCAGUCAAUUUUGUUAUUCUUGAUCUCUGCAAUUGCUGCAAAUCUCAAAUUUUUCUCUUUCUGUCAGAAAAAAAUAGGUUCUGUUUGCUUUCCCUGGUAUCUAAUCAGUGAGCUGGUCUUAGGCUUUCGAAUACAGAACGCUUAGAUUCUGGGACACAAACUUGCGUUCCAGGGAAAAGUAUUGACGAGUUCUUUUCUGAACUAGGUAUAAGCAGUAUGCUAUUUAGGCGAUAUGCGUACCAAUCCAGUCAGAACUUAACUUUGAGCAAUUUCAAGGCAUUUUCUACUGGCUAGGUUAUUAGUUUUGGGGCUGUACUGAAUACACUUUUGGGCUUGGUUUUUCUGCGGGAUUCUGUUUGGUUGUUCUAAAAUGCAUCUAUAUGUGAAGGUUUUUUUUUUUACGUUCGUUCAAUUCUGUAUAAUCUGACAAGGUGAUUCUUCCUUUUGCAUCCUUAAAACUUAGGUUUAUUUGGUAAUCUGCUACUGAUCUGUCGUUAUUCGUCUGGUAAACUUUUCAUUCUACUCUUUUGUGUUCACGAACUGAUUAGUGAAUCUGUGGUGCUUUCUUAUCUGUUUGUUUGCCAGAUCAGCUAUUAUAGGGAUAUCCAAUAAACAUGAAGGGAGAAGCAUCAUGGAUCAAUGAUUGCACUGAUGUUGUGGUUAGAGAUGAUAGUGAUCUCAAUUCAUUCUCGGAUCUCAAUGAUGAUGAUGGAAACAAAGACGUUAAUGCAGUUUCGGUGGAUCUAAUCUUGCCUGAUGAUCUAUUAGAAAGAAUCUUGGCAUAUCUCCCCACUGCAAGCAUCUUCAGAGCAGGUUCUGUGUCGAAAAGAUGGCAUGAGAUAGUGAGUUCUAGGAGGUUCUUGUGGAACUUGUCUCAUGUAACAUCACAAAAGCCUUGGUACUUUAUGUUCACGAGCUCUGAUGAACCUGUUGGUUAUGCCUUUGAUCCAGUUCUUAGGAAAUGGCAUGGUAUUGAUCUACCUUGCAUCAGAACAUCCAAUUGGUUCAUCGCCUCCUCGUGCGGGUUGGUUUUUUUCAUGGACAAUGACUGUAGCAGUGAGUUGUAUGCUUGCAACCCAAUCACUAAACGCUUCAGGAAGCUUGAAGACCCUCCUGGGUCAAGGCUAUCUGACUAUAGUGCACUUGCAGUCUCGGUGAAUGGAGAGUCACACAACUAUACUGUCUCGAUUGUCAAGUCUAACCAGGUUCCCAGAGAUUUUCUCCAAUGGCAUCUAUCAAUAUAUACUUAUAAUUCUGAUAUCCAGAUGUGGAUGACUUCUUGGACCGAAGUUUUGACCGGGUGGAGAGGUGGUGAUGAGAGUGUUAUCUGCAAUGGCAAUUUAUAUGUAUUGAUUUAUUCAACUGGUGGUGGCUAUCCAGAAAACCGCCAUGGUAUUCUUGCUUACAGGCUUUCUGGUCGGUACUCACGUGAUGAUAAGUUGAUAAAAGGUUUCAUUCCAGCUCCCUGUUCUCUUACAUGUGGACGACUGAUGAACUUGAAGGAUAAAUUGGUCAUUGUUGGAGGCAUUGGGAAGCAUGACAGGCCUGGUAUAAUUAAGGGGAUUGGGAUCUGGGUUCUUAAUGGAAGAGACUGGCAAGAGAUCGCUCGCAUGCCCCACAAGUUUUUCCAAGGGUUUGGAGAGUUCGAUGAUGUCUUUGCUAGCAGUGGCACUGACGAUCUUGUAUACAUCCAGAGUUAUGGGGGGCCGUCACUGCUUGUUUUUGACAUGAACCAGAAACUGUGGAAGUGGUCACAUAAGUGUCCAGUAACAAAGAGGUUCCCACUUCAACUCUUCACUGGUUUCUGUUUCGAACCUCGGCUCGAGAUUGCACCUUGAUAUGAUUGCACAUCUAAAUUCUCUGUCAGUGUGAUGUGAUGAUGCAAUCAUAUUACUUCUGGAUAUAUCAGCUUGCUUUAUCUUCCUACCUUUGUCCAGUUUGUUUUGCCUGUUUUCCCUCGCAUUUGAGAACAAUUUCAGGAAGGAAACUGUUUUAUGCAGAAUGUGUCAGCAAUAAAAGCUGCUUGCUUAUUCAUGAAGAAAAUGGGGAAUACUAGAAAUCUUUUGCAUGGCAGAGAAACUACAUUGCCCCUUUUAACUUGAUUUUCUGUUGAUCUUGCUGAUUUCUUUUUCAUGAUUUACUCGUAGAGUUUCUAGUUUCUGAGUGCUGAAUUCCUUGUCCACUUUCACUGUGCAAAUUCAUAGUACGAUGAAGGAUAUUAAAGGGCACAGGCUACU